UUUCCACAAGCCAGCUCUGCCAUUAAUACACCCAUCGAUACCUCGAACCUCCCACCGCGACCAUGUUGAUCAAGGUGCGAACGUUGACCGGCAAGGAGAUUGAGCUCGACAUUGAGCUGGACUACAAGGUGUCCCAGAUCAAGGAAAAGGUCGAGGAGAAGGAGGGCAUCCCGCCCGUGCAACAGCGCCUCAUCCACGGCGGCAAGCAAAUGACCGACGACAAGACCGCGGCCGAGUACAACCUCGUCGCAGGCGACACUCUGCAUCUCGUCCUCGCCCUUAGGGGGGGACGGUACUUUGGAUGAAAGAAUGUAGCGACGGAAGAAGCGAAAGAUAAAAGCCGAUUAUGAUGUCGAACCAUGUCCUUCUUGAAAGAGGAACCGAGAGGAGAGAAGAAGAGAGAGAGAGAGAGAGAGAGAGAGAGAGAGAGCGGUAGACUGGAAGGCGGUUGGGUUGGGAUGUAACGCGGGGAGGGGGGAGGUU